AUGCGAAGGCGCAACAUACCCAGACCUCGACCUCAGUGUGGUGCCUGCAUAGUCUUACAUGCCCAAUGCCCUCCACGGUGCUUCUUUGCCCCGUACUUCAGUCAUGAGGAAGGAGUUAUUGACUUUUCUGCUAUCCACAGAAUUUUUGGCGUCGGUAAUGCUUCAUUUCUUCUAUACCAGGUUCCAACAAGGGAUCGGUCAGAAGCAGCCAUUUCACUUUCCAUUGAAGCUUUAGCUCGGCUUCAAGAUCCCGUCUCUGGCUGUGUAUCUCAUAUUCUAGCCCUUCAACAGCAAGUUAGUGAGUUGCAAGCUUAUCGAGCUUAUUUGCAAGAUUCACUAUUCGCAUAUUAUUCUUCGCAUCCCCAACUUGUUCCUCCAUUUGAUCCAAAUCCCAACUGGAGCCCUAGUCCUCCCACCAUCCCAGAGGCUACUCUACCUCACCCUGGCGAAACGAGUAGCAGCCAGAUGCCACUCUUGGAUGACCUUGAUGAGCUAGGUCCAGUCAUCUUUGGCCACCGCCGACGUCCUUGA